UGGGACAAACACACACUCUGUAUAUACAUUUUUCAUCUUAGUCAUUACAUUUUUCAUCUUAGUCAGUACAUUAGAACACUUAUAUUCUCAGCAGCAUUUCAUUCUGAAUAAAAUCUUGAAGAAAUAGCAUUGAACAAAUACAUUUUUGGUGGCAAGACAUCAGACAACCAUUUCAAAUGUAACUAAUAUCAUGUUAAUGAUGCCGGGUGCAACAUCCUCAAGCCUAGCCUGGGUGUUUCUACCUUCAACAACACCACAUUGUUACUUUAUCUGGCAAGGCAAUGCAAUGAUCUCCUGGAGACAGACAGCACUUUGGCAGUUUCCCAUCCAGUUGUGAAUCUAGCAAGCCUGGGCAUGGACACAUGGACAACACACCAUUACCUUCAUAUAAUACUUCCUCCCAAAACAAGUCUGAGGUCAGGUCCAUCUCACCAAUUGCUGCUGUUCUACCUGACCGAGAAGCAACCCCUACACACCUAGCACAUUUCCCCUGUUAGUAAAUGACUGAGGAAACUGUGUGUGUGUGCGUGUGUGCGUGCGUGCGUGUACACACUAUGUUAUCUAUAUAUCCCACUGGGCCACUCUGACAAGACAAAUGAGUUUUGAAAUAUCCCCCUGGGGCUUUCGUUCUCUUUCACCCGACACUGAUGAGGUUGGGCAAACUAGAAGAUGGAUGACUGUAGGACUCGCUCUGAUUCAGCUCUUUGUAUCCAUAGAGGGGUCUUGGCUGACUGUAGGACUCACUCUGAUUCAGCUCUUUGUAUCCAUAGAGGAGUCUUGGCUGACUGUAGGACUCACUCUGAUUCAGCUCUUUGUAUCCAUAGAGGGGUCUUGGCUGACUGUAGGACUCACUCUGAUUCAGCUCUUUGUAUCCAUAGAGGAGUCUUGGCUGACUGUAGGACUCACUCUGAUUCAGCUCUUUGUAUCCAUAGAGGGGUCUUGGCUGACUGUAGGACUCACUCUGAUUCAGCUCUUUGUAUCCAUAGAGGGGUCUUGGCUGACUGUAGGACUCACUCUGAUUCAGCUCUUUGUAUCCAUAGAGGAGUCUUGGCUGACUGUAGGACUCGCUCUGAUUCAGCUCUUUGUAUCCAUAGAGGAGUCUUGGCUGACUGUAGGACUCACUCUGAUUCAGCUCUUUGUAUCCAUAGAGGAGUCUUGGCUGACUGUAGGACUCACUCUGAUUCAGGUCUUUGUAUCCAUAGAGGAGUCUUGGCUGACUGUAGGACUCACUCUGAUUCAGCUCUUUGUAUCCAUAGAGGAGUCUUGGCUGACUGUAGGACUCACUCUGAUUCAGCUCUUUGUAUCCAUAGAGGAGUCUUGGCUGACUGUAGGACUCACUCUGAUUCAGGUCUUUGUAUCCAUAGAGGAGUCUUGGCUGACUGUAGGACUCACUCUGAUUCAGCUCUUUGUAUCCAUAGAGGAGUCUUGGCUGACUGUAGGACUCACUCUGAUUCAGCUCUUUGUAUCCAUAGAGGGGUCAACAACUACAAUGGGUUGCUAAUCUGACUAGGAGUGUGCCUUUGGCUUGAGGACAAUUAAAGAAAGUUGAUAUGAAAACCAAUAGAACAGGAGAGAGAUGACAUAGUGGUGGGUCUAAUAGAACAGGAGAGA